GCCGUAUCAAUAGGGAUUCCAAGGGAUAGGACGGGAAACCUCUGCCUCCAGAUCUCAAAUCAUCUGGACAUGACUUUGUAAGCCGAUGUUUGCGUUCAUUAUGACGAUUUUGUGUCUCCGUGGUGGGUUUUAUAAUGGGGGUCAUCAUCGCCGCCUUCCCAUCGGGAUUUUAUUUGACUGUUGUCGAAAAUAGUGUCAAAUAAUGCUUAAUUGCGCAUCUAAGACAGCCUGGAUGUUCAUUGACAAGAGUCUCUUGCCUUGGGAGCCGAAUGUGGCCGCAAUGUGCAGUGAAACUUCCUCCACCGCCCGACAAUUAGAGGUUUUGCGGAAGUACCUUACGGCAUCCAAGUUUCAACAGGCAGGAACCGGAGGAGCUACUUGUACUCAGGACUUGAGGCGUGGUUUCUGGGCAGAUUCAGUGCGUCAAAAAGGGUUUCCUCUUGAAGUGAGUCAAUUGACCAAGCUGCAUGUUGGUUGUUCCAUUUAUUUUUAUAUUUUUUGUAAAAGGCCUAAACAAGCGGGUUUUGAAAUUUGGAAUAAAGCUAUAAACUCAACAUCGUUUAUAUACUCUAGUAAGUUGCGUUUGGUUUGGUAG